AUGAGCUUCACCUUCCACUCGGCUUUCUUCACCUUGAAGGUGAGCGUCCUGCUGGGGUCCCUGCUGGGCCUCUGCCUGGGCCUGGAGUUCAUGGGCCUCCCCAACCAGUGGGCACGUUACCUGCGCUGGGAUGCCAGCACGCGCAGUGACCUGAGCUUCCAGUUCAAAACCAAUGUCUCAACGGGGCUGCUCCUCUACUUGGAUGAUGGUGGCGUCUGUGACUUUCUCUGCCUGUCGCUGGUGGAUGGCCGCGUGCAGCUCCGCUUCAGCAUGGAUUGCGCGGAGACGGCGGUGCUGUCCAACAAGCAGGUGAACGACAGUAGCUGGCAUUUCCUCAUGGUGAGCCGUGACCGCCUGCGCACAGUGCUGGUGCUUGAUGGUGAGGGCCAGUCCGGGGAGCUGCAAGCCCAGCGGCCCUACAUGGAUGUGGUCAGUGACUUGUUCCUGGGUGGAGUCCCUUCCGACAUUCGACCUCCUGCCCUGACUCUGGAUGGAGUACAGGCCAUGCCCGGCUUCAAGGGAUUAAUCCUGGAUCUCAAGUAUGGCAACUCAGAGCCUCGGCUCUUGGGGAGCCAAGGCGUCCAGUUGGAAGCUGAGGGACCUUGUGGUGAGCGUCCUUGUGAAAAUGGCGGGAUCUGCUUCCUCUUGGAUGGCCACCCUACCUGCGACUGUUCUACCACUGGCUACGGUGGCACGCUCUGCUCAGAAGAUCUAAAUCACCUUCCAGGCCUCUCCCAUCUCAUGAUGAGCGAACAAGGUAGAAGUAAAGCUCGAGAGGAGAAUGUGGCUACGUUCCGAGGUUCUGAAUACCUGUGCUACGACCUGUCCCAGAAUCCCAUCCAGAGCAGCAGUGAUGAAAUUACCCUCUCCUUUAAGACCUGGCAGCGCAAUGGGCUCAUCCUGCACACGGGCAAGUCGGCCGACUAUGUCAACCUGGCUCUGAAGGAUGGCGCGGUCUCCUUGGUCAUUAACCUGGGGUCCGGAGCCUUUGAGGCCAUUGUGGAGCCAGUGAAUGGAAAAUUCAAUGACAACGCUUGGCAUGAUGUCAAAGUGACACGCAACCUCCGGCAGCACUCAGGCAUCGGACACGCUAUGGUAAACAAACUACAUUGUCUGGUGACAAUCUCUGUGGAUGGCAUCCUCACCACAACAGGCUACACUCAGGAGGAUUACACCAUGCUGGGCUCCGAUGAUUUCUUCUACGUGGGAGGAAGCCCAAGUACAGCUGACUUGCCAGGUUCACCUGUGAGCAACAACUUCAUGGGAUGUCUUAAAGAGGUUGUUUAUAAGAAUAAUGACAUCCGUCUGGAGCUGUCUCGCCUGGCCCGGAUUGGGGACACCAAGAUGAAAAUCUAUGGUGAAGUUGUGUUCAAGUGUGAGAAUGUGGCCACCCUGGAUCCCAUCAACUUCGAGACCCCAGAAGCUUACAUCAGCUUGCCCAAGUGGAACACCAAACGUAUGGGUUCUAUCUCCUUUGACUUUCGUACCACUGAGCCCAAUGGCUUGAUCCUCUUCACUCACGGAAAGCCUCAAGAAAGGAAGGAUGCUCGGAGCCAAAAGAACACAAAAGUUGACUUCUUUGCUGUGGAACUUCUGGAUGGCAACCUGUACUUGCUGCUUGACAUGGGCUCGGGCACCAUCAAGGUGAAAGCCACUCAGAAGAAAGCCAACGAUGGGGAAUGGUACCACGUGGAUAUUCAGAGAGAUGGCAGAUCAGGUACCAUAUCAGUGAACAGCAGGCGCACACCGUUCACCGCCAGCGGAGAGAGUGAGAUCCUGGACCUGGAGGGGGACAUGUACCUAGGCGGUUUGCCGGAGAACCGCGCUGGCCUCAUCCUCCCCACAGAGCUGUGGACCGCGAUGCUCAACUAUGGCUACGUGGGCUGCAUCCGAGACCUGUUCAUCGACGGGCGCAGCAAGAACAUCCGGCAGCUGGCGGAGAUGCAGAACGCGGCGGGCGUCAAGUCCUCCUGUUCCCGCAUGAGCGCCAAGCAGUGUGACAGCUACCCCUGCAAGAACAACGCGGUGUGCAAGGACGGCUGGAACCGCUUCAUCUGCGACUGCACGGGCACGGGCUACUGGGGAAGGACCUGUGAACGGGAGGCGUCCAUCCUGAGCUAUGACGGCAGCAUGUAUAUGAAGAUCAUUAUGCCCAUGGUGAUGCACACCGAGGCAGAGGACGUGUCCUUCCGCUUCAUGUCCCAGCGAGCUUACGGACUGCUGGUGGCUACAACUUCCAGAGACUCGGCUGACACCCUGCGCCUGGAGCUGGAUGGGGGGCGUGUCAAGCUCAUGGUUAACCUAGACUGUAUCAGGAUAAACUGUAACUCCAGCAAAGGACCUGAGACCCUGUAUGCAGGGCAGAAGCUCAAUGACAAUGAAUGGCACACUGUCCGGGUGGUGCGGAGAGGGAAAAGUCUGAAGUUGACAGUGGACGACGAUGUCGCUGAGGGUACAAUGGUGGGAGACCACACCCGCCUGGAGUUCCACAAUAUCGAAACUGGUAUCAUGACUGAAAAACGGUACAUCUCUGUCGUCCCAUCCAGUUUCAUUGGCCACUUGCAGAGCCUCAUGUUCAAUGGCUUGCUUUACAUUGACUUGUGCAAAAACGGUGACAUUGAUUACUGUGAGUUGAAGGCGCGUUUCGGAUUGAGGAACAUCAUCGCUGACCCAGUCACCUUCAAGACCAAGAGUAGCUACCUGAGCCUUGCCACCCUCCAGGCCUACACCUCCAUGCACCUCUUCUUCCAGUUCAAGACAACCUCUGCGGAUGGCUUUAUCCUCUUUAAUAGUGGUGAUGGCAAUGACUUUAUUGCAGUUGAGCUCGUCAAAGGGUACAUUCACUACGUGUUUGACCUUGGAAAUGGUCCCAAUGUGAUCAAAGGCAAUAGUGAUCGCCCCCUGAACGACAACCAGUGGCACAAUGUGGUCAUCACUCGGGACAACAGUAACACCCACAGUCUGAAGGUGGACACCAAGGUGGUCACUCAGGUUAUCAAUGGAGCCAAAAAUCUGGAUCUGAAAGGUGACCUCUACAUGGCUGGCCUAGCCCAAGGCAUGUACAGCAAUCUGCCCAAGCUCGUGGCUUCCCGGGAUGGCUUUCAGGGCUGUCUGGCAUCUGUGGACUUGAAUGGGCGCCUUCCUGACCUCAUCAAUGAUGCUCUCCACAGGAGUGGGCAGAUCGAGCGGGGCUGUGAAGGACCAAGUACUACCUGCCAGGAAGACUCAUGCGCUAACCAGGGGGUCUGCAUGCAGCAGUGGGAGGGCUUCACGUGUGAUUGCUCUAUGACAUCAUAUUCUGGAAACCAGUGCAAUGACCCUGGUGCUACAUACAUCUUUGGGAAGAGUGGUGGCCUCAUCUUGUACACCUGGCCGGCCAACGACAGGCCCAGCACACGCUCUGACCGGCUUGCUGUGGGCUUCAGCACCACUGUGAAGGAUGGCAUCUUAGUCCGCAUUGACAGCGCUCCAGGUCUUGGCGACUUCCUCCAGCUUCACAUAGAACAGGGGAAAAUUGGAGUUGUCUUCAAUAUUGGCACCGUGGAUAUCUCCAUCAAAGAGGAGAGAACCCCUGUUAAUGACGGCAAAUACCAUGUGGUGCGUUUCACCAGGAAUGGUGGCAAUGCCACGCUUCAGGUGGACAACUGGCCAGUGAAUGAACAUUAUCCUACAGGCAACACUGAUAAUGAACGCUUCCAAAUGGUAAAACAGAAAAUCCCCUUCAAAUAUAACCGGCCCGUAGAAGAGUGGCUACAGGAAAAAGGCCGGCAGCUAACCAUCUUCAACACCCAGGCGCAAAUAGCCAUUGGUGGAAAGGACAAAGGACGCCUCUUCCAAGGUCAGCUCUCUGGGCUUUAUUAUGAUGGUUUGAAAGUACUGAACAUGGCAGCUGAGAACAACCCUAAUAUUAAAAUCAAUGGAAGUGUCCGGCUAGUGGGAGAAGUCCCAUCAAUCUUGGGAACGACACAGACAACGUCCAUGCCACCAGAAAUGUCCACUACUGUCAUGGAAACCACCACCACAAUGGCAACUACCACAACCCGCAAGAAUCGUUCCACAGCCAGCAUUCAGCCAACAUCAGAUGACCUUGUUUCAUCUGCUGAAUGUUCAAGUGAUGAUGAAGAUUUCGUUGAAUGUGAGCCGAGUACAGGUAGGUCAGGAGGUGAAUUAGUUCUCCCUCUUCUUGUAGAAGACCCUUUAGCUACCCCUGCUAUUGCUACUCGUGUACCUUCCAUUACACUCCCCCCUACCUUCCGCCCCCUCCUCACCAUUAUUGAGACCACCAAAGAUUCCCUGUCCAUGACCUCUGAGGCGGGGUUACCUUGCUUGUCGGACCAAGGCAGCGAUGGUUGUGAUGAUGAUGGCUUGGUGAUAUCUGGGUAUGGCUCAGGGGAAACCUUUGACUCUAACCUGCCCCCUACUGAUGAUGAAGAUUUUUACACCACCUUCUCCUUGGUAACAGAUAAGAGUCUUUCCACUUCAAUCUUCGAAGGUGGCUACAAAGCACAUGCGCCCAAGUGGGAAUCCAAGGACUUUAGACCUAACAAAGUCUCGGAAACUAGUAGGACUACUACCACAUCUUUGUCCCCUGAGCUGAUCCGCUUCACAGCUUCCUCCUCGUCUGGGAUGGUGCCCAAAUUGCCAGCUGGCAAAAUGAAUAACCGUGAUCUCAAACCCCAGCCUGAUCUAGUCUUGCUUCCGUUGCCCACUGCCUAUGAGCUAGACAGCACCAAACUGAAGAGCCCACUAAUUACUUCCCCCAUGUUCCGUAAUGUGCCCACAGCAAACCCCACGGAGCCGGGAAUCAGACGGGUCCCGGGGGCCUCAGAGGUGAUCCGGGAGUCGAGCAGUACAACAGGGAUGGUCGUCGGCAUUGUGGCUGCUGCCGCCCUCUGCAUCUUGAUCCUCCUGUACGCCAUGUACAAAUACAGGAACAGGGACGAGGGGUCCUAUCAAGUGGACGAGACGCGUAACUACAUCAGCAACUCGGCCCAGAGCAACGGCACUCUCAUGAAGGAGAAGCAAGCCAGCUCCAAGAGCGGCCACAAGAAACAGAAAAACAAGGACAAAGAAUACUAUGUGUAAACGUGCUAACACUGAUCACACAGGAUUAUCUAUUUAUACACAUAUGAAUACUUUGACAAUGAGAGAAUACAGGUGUGAGAACUGUCUUAACCGUUGAG